UGGCUCUGCAAGUUGAUGUGACAUUGGAAGCGAGUAUAUAAGCCUCCGGUUUUGCUGGUUCUGACGUCUUUUGUUCAUCUUUUGAUCCAAAGUGAUGUGACGACGCAGCCUAACAAGUAUUUGAGAUUGUGACAUUCUUCAUUCAAGCGUGAAGGUUUACUGAUACAUUCGAAAUACGAUUGCGAAUAGGUUGGAGAAAAGGUUCCUUGCCCUCCAUUCAAUCUCCAAAGGAUAAAUUACGCGUGUAAAAAUGACAACAGUGAAUAAAGAUUUGCAGCGGGAACGUGAAAGAUGUUCCUUCGAUCCGUUUGAAUUGACGCAUUUAUUGGAUGGUGGUGUUGAAAAAACAGCCCUGCGGCGAGAACGAGAGGAAUUAUUUUUAAGCGAUCCUGAACUACAAGAUACUAUACCUGCAGAAUUCAAAAGUCACAAGGAAAAAUAUGAGGAUGCCAUCCGCAAAGGAUGCAUAGUUCUAAGGAAGGUGCAAGAAAUCCAGAAUGAAGGAAAAGCAGAUAUUGAUAUAUACUCACAAGUCCUUGGAGGAAUGUUAGGUUCUGCCAUUUUGAAGGAUGGAAAUCCUUUGACAUUGCACUAUGUUAUGUUUAUUCCUGCAAUCAUGGGACAAGCCACUGUCCAACAACAAGGAUAUUGGAUAUCGAGAGCUUGGUCGUGUGAAAUAAUUGGAACCUAUGCUCAGACUGAGCUUGGCCAUGGGACUUUUAUUCGAGGAUUGGAAACAACUGCUACGUAUGACCCCGUCACACAAGAAUUUGUUCUCAACAGCCCAACAUUAACUUCGUAUAAGUGGUGGCCAGGGGGACUGGGUCAUACGGCUAAUUACGCUGUAGUUGUAGCGCAAUUGUAUACCCAAGGGCAAUGCAAGGGCAUUCAUCCAUUCAUUGUCCAGCUUCGAGACGAAGAUACUCAUGAGCCGUUGUCUGGUAUAAAGAUCGGAGAAAUCGGGACAAAAUUGGGGAUGAACGCAACAAAUAAUGGUUUUCUUGGCUUUGAUCAUGUUAGAAUUCCAAGAGAACACAUGCUGAUGAAGAAUUCACAAGUUUUAGAAGAUGGAACAUACGUCAAAGCACCGAGCGACAAAUUGACUUAUGGAACGAUGAUGUUUGUACGCGUUGUACUCAUUAAAGACAUUGCGAGAUAUUUAUCAAAGGCUGUCACAAUUGCAAUAAGAUACAGCGCUGUCAGGCGUCAGUGUCAAAUUUCUUCGGAUAAGCCAGAGGUGCAAAUCAUGGACUACGUCACCCAACAAUACAAGUUGUUUCCACACUUGGCUGCUUGUUUUGCAAUUGGUAUGGCUGCUGAUUGGAUUUGGGAAAUGUACAAUAACGUCACCGCUGAAUUGGACCAAGGCGAACUGGAAAGACUUCCUGAGUUACAUGCAUUAGCUUGCUGUUUAAAAGCUGUUGCAUCUUCAGAUGCAUCGCAUGGCGUAGAACAAGUAAGAUUAUCUUGCGGUGGUCAUGGUUAUAUGUCUGCAAGUAAUUUGCCAGCAACUUAUGGAUUAUUAACCGCUGCAUGUACUUACGAGGGAGAGAAUACCGUCUUAUUUCUUCAAACGGCAAGGUACUUAGUGAAGGCUUGGAAACAAGCAAUUAGUGGCCAAGAUCUGCCACCGACCGUUAAAUAUUUGACUCUACUGUCUCGGCGCGUCAAACAAAGACCCUGGAAAAAUACAUUGACUUGCAUCAUACGAGCACAUCAGUCCGUUGCAGCUGGAAAAAUUCGUUUGGCAACGGAAAAUAUGGAUCGACGAAUCCGAAGUGGUUUAUCUCAAGAAGACAGUUGGAAUGAUACAAGUAUUGAAUUGGCUCAUGCCGCAGAAUCGCAUUGCCGUGCCUUUAUUGUUGAACGAUUUAGUAAUGCAGUACGGAGCCUGACGGGAAUUUCUAAAGAAUUACAUACGGUAUUAUCACAACUUUGCGAACUCUACGCUGUCUAUUGGGUGCUGCAACGAGUCGGAGACUUCCUCAGGUUCUCAUGUUUGAACGUCGAAGACGUUCCAUUGCUUCAGUCUCGGCUAGAAGAAUUACUGAGGUUAAUACGUCCGAAUGCAAUUGGGGUUGUCGAUGGUUUUGACAUCAGAGAUGAAAUCUUAGGCUCAGCCCUUGGGGCGUACGAUGGCAACGUCUAUGAGCGCUUGUUUAAUGAGGCAAUGAAGAGUCCGUUGAAUCAGGAGAGCGUCAACGAGUCAUUCUCACUGUAUCUAAGGCCAUUCCUCAAAAGCAAUUUAUAAAAUAUGCAGAAAAGUUAAAUCUGCGAGGUAACUUCUAAAGAACAACCUAUUCGUAUAUUUGUACAAACGGUGUGGAAAUGUCUUUUGAUAAAAUACUUUUCACAUUUUCUAGUAUAGUCUGAAAGGUCAGUAUGUAAAACAGUGGUUUGAACAGCUGUCUACGGUGUGACACCAUGGCCAAACCAGUGUCUUGUAGAAUUUAGGAAAUUUUAUGAACGAAUAUACUCAGAACCAAGCUCAAAAUUAUACGACAUCACUUAGGUAUAAUAGAUUCACAUGGGGUAUCCACAGCGUUUCCGUUUCCACAAUUAAAUGUUAUUUAUGGACUUGGAUUUUGUUUGUGAACCGAUUUAUUUUUAAUGAUUGUGGAAAUUCUGUGGACACUGUUGAAUAUAUUACAAGAAAUUAUUGUGAAAUUAUUAAUGGACAUAUACAUUUAAUGUUUUGAUUUUGUAAAAUACAAUCAUGAUUGCAGCCCUGUAGAAUAACCCUAUCGCAUAAGUUACUUGUAGUUACCUACAUCGCGGUAGCAACGAAGUUAAAUCAAUCGCAAAAUAGAAUGAUUUUUAUGUUUUGACAAUAUAAAUUGGAAUAUUACUCAAUGUUGAAAUAUACACGAAAAAUGUUCCUUCGUUACUCCUAUUCGUUUCUACUGAUCUCAUAAAAACUCAUGUCAUGAAAUUAUCUCGAAAUAAUCAUUUGGUCAGGUGUAAGUUCCAAGAUGGGACGAGAUUUGAGGAUGUUUCACUCCAGGUAUUAUUUCAUCUUUGAACAGCAUGUCUUUAUUCACCAAUAAUCGUUUACAGUAUGAACCUGAUUACAGAAUAACAAACACUAUAAACUCUCUGUUCUUUAUACAUAAUCUUAGAAUAUUUUGUUGUUAUAUAUACAGCCAUAUUUAGGAAAAAAGAAUUAAUUUAAACCUAGGAGUCAAUUGUGACACGAACAAAGGACGAUAGAAAACCAUGGAUACUAUACUAGCGAAUACACGAUUGUGAUCGUUAUUCAAACCGCUACAUUAUUCCAAAUAUGACUGACUUGUGUUAUAAAAAAAAAAUGUCACAUUUUUAUUAUUU